AUGGCUGACUACGAUGCCGAAAAAGCUGCCGAACAAAAAAAGAAGAGAACAUUUAAAAAGUUCUCUUAUCGAGGGGUUGACCUCGACCAGUUACUCGAUUUGAAUUCUGAACAGUUAAUGGAGCUAGUGCACGCACGCGCUCGCCGAAGGUUUCAACGCGGGUUAAAGCGUAAACCAAUGGGGCUCAUCAAGAAGCUUCGUAAGGCAAAAAAAGAAGCGCCCCCCAAUGAAAAACCGGCAGUGGUAAAGACUCAUUUGCGUGAUAUGAUUAUCGUGCCCGAGAUGAUUGGGUCGAUAGUUGGCGUGUAUAAUGGCAAGACGUUUAAUCAAGUAGAAAUCAAGCCUGAUAUGAUUGGUCACUAUCUUGCUGAAUUCUCCAUCUCAUACAAGCCUGUGAAACACGGUCGUCCUGGUAUCGGUGCCACUCACUCUUCCCGUUUCAUCCCACUGAAAUAA